CUCGAGGGGCCGUCUGUCGCGGGACAGGCUGGCCAGCUGGGGCGAGGAGCCGGGAGGAGGAGGCAGUGGCGGCAGCAGCAGAAACAAGCACCAGCCACACAGCGGCUUCUCCGGCCCGAGCAGCCACAGUCCCCUGGCCGCGAUGGCGCUGCAAAGCUCUGCAAGCGAGGAAGCCAAGGGGCCCUGGAGGGAGGCAGACCAGGAACAGCAGAAGCGGGUGGGUAGCCCUGAGCCGGAGCCGGAGCCCCAGCCGGAGCCCCAGCCGGAGCCCCAGCCGGAGCCCCAGCCGGAGCCCCAGCCCCUACCAGACCCUGCCACUCUGCCGGAGCUGGAGUUUGAGCCUGAGCUGGUGCACGAAUCCGAGCCCACGCCCACCGUGGAGACCCGUGGUACAGCGCGCGGCUUCCAGCCUCCCGAAGGUGGCUUUGGCUGGAUGGUGGUCUUCGCUGCCACCUGGUGCAACGGCUCUAUCUUUGGCAUCCAGAACUCCUUCGGGAUCCUCUACUCCAUGCUGCUGCAGGAGGAAAGAGAGAAGAAUCGCCAAGUGGAGUUCCAAGCAGCAUGGGUAGGAGCCCUCUCAAUGGGCAUGAUCUUCUUCUGUUCUCCCAUUGUGAGUAUAUUUACUGAUCGUUUGGGCUGCCGAAUCACAGCAACUGCAGGGGCUGCUGUCGCUUUCAUCGGCCUCCAUACCAGCUCCUUCACCAGCUCAUUGAGCCUGCGUUACUUCACCUAUGGGAUUCUCUUUGGUUGUGGCUGUUCCUUCGCCUUUCAGCCAUCUCUCGUCAUACUGGGCCACUACUUCCAACGCCGCCUGGGUCUGGCCAAUGGUGUAGUGUCUGCUGGGAGUAGCAUCUUCUCCAUAUCCUUCCCCCUUCUCAUCAAAACACUGGGGGCUAAGAUAAAGCUCGCCCAAACCUUCCAGGUGCUGAGUACCUUCAUGUUUAUUCUUACGCUGCUUUCACUCACCUACCGGCCCCUCCUGCCCAGCUCCCAGGACACCCCAAGCAAGAGAGGUGUCCAUACCGUGUGCCAACGCUUUCUGGCUCAACUCAGGAAGUAUUUCAACAUGCGAGUGUUUCGCCAACGUACCUACCGCAUCUGGGCCUUUGGGAUUGCUGCUGCUGCCCUUGGCUACUUCGUUCCCUAUGUACACCUGAUGAAGUAUGUGGAAGAGGAGUUCUUGGAAAUCAAGCAGACCUGGGUGCUCUUGGUGUGUAUUGGGGCUACCUCAGGCCUCGGGCGCCUUGUGUCAGGCCGUGUCAGUGACUCCAUUCCUGGACUUAAGAAGAUCUACUUGCAGGUCAUCUCCUUCCUGCUCUUGGGCCUGAUGUCCAUGAUGAUUCCCCUGUGCCGGGGCUUCGGGGGCCUCAUCGUUGUCUGCCUCUUCCUGGGCCUGUGUGAUGGCUUCUUCAUCACCAUCAUGGCCCCCAUCGCAUUUGAACUGGUGGGCCCAAUGCAGGCCUCACAGGCCAUUGGCUACCUCCUGGGAAUGAUGGCCCUGCCGAUGAUUGCUGGGCCCCCCAUUGCAGGCCUCCUCCGCACCUGUUUUGGGGACUACCAUGUGGCCUUCUACUUUGCUGGUGUGCCCCCAAUAAUUGGAGCUGUAAUCCUCUUCUUUGUCCCUCUGAUGCAUCAAAGGAUGUUCAAGAAAGAGCAAAGGGAUUCCAGCAAGGACAAGAUGUUGGCCCCUGACCCAGAACCCAGUGGGGAGCUACUGCCAGGCUCCCCCGCCCCUGAGGAACCAAUCUAAUGCCUCUUCCUUGUCAUUGUGUGCUCCUCUCCAAACCCUACCCUUCACCCCACCCUGCUCAGCAUUUACAUUUUUGCCACCAGCACACUUGUUCCCAAACCUAUGCACACAGCAUUUCAGCCACCUGACCAUCCCUUUGGAGCCAAAGCUCCAGGUGUUCCAAACUUAGUAACCAAAUUUUCUUUGUGAAUGCCUUCAAACUUGCCAGGGUCUUUCUCCCAGGAUCUAGAAAAGCUUUGGAUCAACCCCUGGCCUUUGGAACCUCUCCCUAUACUUUCUAACCCCUCGGGGAGGAGGGGCAUGGGGCCUCUUGGCUCCAGCUUGUUAGCCACCCAAUAGAAGCAACUGUCAAAGGUGCUACCGUGUCCUCAGGAGCCUGGUGGGAAGAUCCAAGCCUCUGUGUGCUGAGAAACUCCUUGCCAUCUUACCUUAGGAGCCACUGAUGGAGGGAGGAGGAGGGCAGAGAGAUAAAAUGAAACAAGGAGCCUUGUUUAACCUUAGAAUUUCUGAGGGACAUGGCUUCCCAAGAACUGUGGGUGCUGUUAGUUUACAAGUGUAUAGAUAGUCUCCCCAUUAUCUGGUUGGUUAACAGUCUGCCUCCUUCUUCCCUUCCUCCUUUUUUCCCCUCUGUUUCCUCCUCAUUUCUCUUCCCUUUCUGUUUCUUUUUAUGACUGUCAUAGACACAUGGGUGCUUAAAUAAAGGAGGGACCCAGAGCUCGGGCCAAUCAGCCUUACCUUGGCCCAGCCCACCCUUAAUAGUAGCAUCAGUCCCACUCAUCUCAGGCUGAGCCAUACCUCACCUUUUGGCUCAAGCUGCUAUAAUCAUAGACUGGAAGAGUAGAAUAUCACAUAGGGAAGGGGCCUUAAACAGCACUCACUACUUUUUACAGAUUUCCCAGAUCAAUGCAUUAAUCUGCACGCCCAUAACCCCAUUCUUGUAUCCAUCUGUCAAAAUGUGAAGAAAUCCCUUUCAUCUCAGUAGGCAGAGAAGGUCUGAUGACAGGGAGAUGGCAUGGUAUGGGGAAGGGGCAAUAGUUAUUGACCUGGUGAAGUCAAUAUUUCCACCUGGGCUAGGCCAGGAAAGAGACUGUUGUAGGGAAAAUUCAAUUUCCAACUUGGAUCCCCAAAAGUAUAGGCAGCAGCUACACAAAGCUUUGGGCAGUUUCUUUUAAGAAGUAAACUUAAGGUUACUUCUUGGUAAAAAAGUUGGUAAAGGUUAGUAAAACUUUGCUAACCUUUACCAACCAAUGUGCAUCCUGGGUCACUCUGGCUGGCUGGCAUUAAACAUGCCAGGAAAUGUAGACUCUGGACCACUUGCACCUUCUAAAAUAGCUGCCAGAUGAUUCCCUAUACCCACACUCUAAGCAACAGUCUUGCUGUGUUCAGCUAGCACAGCUCACCUCAUUAGGAGCUCAACCACUCUCCUCACUCAGCCUCUUUGUGUCUCUUUCUCCCUAUUAUGUGCCUUGGUCUGUUGUGUUCCUAUUACUCAAACUUUUCCUCAUCUUCUUUGCCAGGCAUCCUUGGCUGUCACUUAGAGCUAAUAGUAAUUUGCCACCCCAAGCCAGGGCCAGGAGGAUGAGGUUGCCACGUAGGGGCUCCAAAGAAGACUGGUCCCUAUCCACAAGUUUUUCCAUUACAGAUAGGCAGCUGGGGCAUUGUUGGCCUCUGAUGGUCAAACCAUGGCCAAAGUCCUGAUCCCCCUCCAUUGGUCCCAGUUUGGCCCUUAUCAAAUCAUCAAAGGAAAAGACACUGAUUCUUGGCUUUGUGGGUAGGAAGGGGCCUAAUUACUAUCCUAACAGCUCAAACAACAGUGGAACAGGGGAAGCUGGGCCUCAGGAGAGACCAUUGAAAAUGUUUCAGCACCAAAACCCCUGCUUCCAUUUCUCCUGCCCCACACCCACCAACUUAAUAGAGGGCAGUUCUGCAGGGCCUCCUUUGUUGCACAUGGUUUGAAUAGCUCUGAAGAAUCAGGCUACCACCCACUUCUCUCCAGAUGAAGGAAAGUCAUUCACAGGUCCCAAAUCUGCUCUAUCAGGUGUCACAUAACAGGGUGUCACUUCUACACACGUGCAUAUGCAUGUGUGGGCUUGUGUGCUUUUGGAGAGAAUAUUGGUUGGCAAAAGCAGCACAGUAUUAAUGUUUAGGGUAGGAUGCAGCCUCUUAUGAAUCCAUAGCCAAAUCUAGCAGAAUGAAUAAAAUUUGGGAGCUUGAGACCUGGUACAUUAAUUAAAUCCUCAAAAGGUUUGGAACAAAAUAAACACCUAAAAAUCUAGCUUUGGUAUGUAACUUGCCUACAAGGGUAAAAUAGUUUUAACCUGGUUAACAGCAGGAAGUUUGGUCUCAGAACUGAAAUCUCAUUUCAAGUCACACUUCUGCCAGGGCCUAAACUCUCUAUGAGAGCAUAAACUUUAAAAUGAUCUACAUAGGGGAUUGGAGUUGGGCAGGCUGUUCAGGAUUGGGUUUUUAAGGGAGCUCUGAAGUGGAAAAGUAGUCACUUUACAAAAUGGGAACAUCACUGGUUAGUGGCUGAGUGG